AUGUGGUGCCUGCGCGAGGGGUGCGACAACGGCCAGAUUCACGACGUUGCCCCACUCGACGGCGACGGUGACGACGACGACGACGACGACGACGAUUAUAACGAUAGAAGGCCGCGCUGGGUCCACGCGGCGCGCCACAAGGUGGCGUGCGAGUCGUGCAGCUUCGCCAUGUGCGCGCGCCACCAGGGCGCCUGGCACGAGGGGCUGACGUGCCGCGAGUGGGACGAGCUGCGCGAGGACGACGAGGGGAACGCGGACCCGGCCGAGGCGGCGUCGCGGCGGUGGAUCGCGGCCAACACGAAGCGCUGCCCGGGCCGCGGGUGCGGGGCGCCCGUCGAGAAGGGCGAGGGGUGCUUCCACAUGACGUGCCGCCGCUGCUCCUUCGAGUUCUGCUGGGAGUGCCUGGCCGACUGGUCAGACAUCAACCGCGCCCGCUCCAGGCCCGCCGUGCAGGGCGGCGGCCACAACCUCGGUUGCUUCUUUCGCGAGGCGGGCGCGCCCAUGCCCACGGCCAUUAGGGGAACCUCAGCCCGGGAGGCUGCAAGGAGGGCUGUACGAUGAAGGAGGGAUUACGAUUUAUGAUUGACGAUAUACAAGCUUCUUCCUGUUAUUUAUUUUGCCUAACUAUAUAUACAGCGUGAAGUAGAGGCAGUCCUCCUAGACGAGAGGCCAGGGAUUGGGGUCAAAACUAACGGCAUUGCUCAUCUCGUAUCGUCCAACACCCAAG